AUGCCGCGUCAAUGUCAGGUGUCCAUGGAGGGGUGCAACGAAAAAUCCGAAAACUCUAACGAAUCUUUUUAUCUCAAUUUUGCAUUACUGAAGACAAGCCCCGGCUGGUGCCAUAGAGGUGAUAGUGCGUCAGUGCUGCGUGUCUGUGCAUCUUUGGCUAACUCGUUUGAGCGGGCGGCGGCGGCGGCGGCGGCGGCGGGCGGCCGGCGACGGCUUGCACGCGUUGGUGUCGUCACUCCACCGCGCGCCGGGCAUCUGUUGGCACCACCGCCAGGCGCCCAGUCGUGCGGCGCUCGCGCUCCCGAACAAUCCUGUCCACACACCACUCACCACGGGACACCGCGUCUCCCACCAACCAUGGGGUCCAAGCGCCCCCUCACAUUCCUUCUACUUCUACUCCUGAAUCUCCUCGACGCCGCGUAUUCUCAAACUUGCCCGCCGAAAUGCAAGUGCAUCCGCAACAACGUCCGCUGCCUCCAGCAGGGCCUGGUCUCCGUGCCCAAAGUGUCCGCUGAAACCCACACGCUAGACCUGCGGUUCAACAAGAUAGCAGAAAUCAAGCCACUGACGUUCGGCAGGUCACGUGUACUGCGCUCGUUGCUUCUGAACGACAACCAGCUCAGAGCGUUGCGCUCCGGAGCCUUUACUGGUCUCCGCCGGCUGAAGUAUUUAUACUUAUAUCGAAACCGAAUCAAACAUAUCGACGUCGAUGUAUUUAAUGGGUUGCCACAUUUGGAGCAGCUGUACCUGCACGUCAAUGAAAUUCAUCAAAUAGAAUCGCAAACAUUUACAAAUAUGCCACGAUUGGAACGACUGUACUUGCAUAAUAACCGAUUAAAUAGAAUUCCACGAGGAUCUUUUACUGGCAUGCCCAAACUACAUAAAUUGCGAUUAGACAGUAAUGCACUCAUAUGCGACUGCUCCAUGAAAUGGUUUGUAGAAAUGAUUCAUGAACAUGAAAAUAUGGAUAUCCUUGCAACCUGUUAUGGCCCUGCCAACGCUACGGGCUCCUCUCUGUCGACCAUGAAAAUCGAUGACUUUCAUUGCCAUUAUCCGGAAAUACAGUUGGAACCAAAAGAUACUCUUGUGUAUUUCGGGGAUAAUGUUGGGUUUACUUGCGUCGCUACGGGAGACCCAAAACCAGAAAUCAUCUGGUUCCGCGAUUCAAAAGCAUUACCAUUAGCUGACGAUUCACGUUACGAGGUGAUGGACAAUGGCACUCUCAUGGUACAUGAUGCAGAUGAAACUGCAGAAGGUGUCUUCGAAUGUAUAGCAAAGAACGCCAUAGGCGAAGCUCGAUCACAGCCAGCACGAAUGCAUCUCCAGAAAAGGACUAUAGACGCCAAGUUGCAGUUCACACAAGUACCACUCAAAAGGAUUGUACAAUUAUCUGAACCAUUUGUCAGUUUCGACUGUAUAGCUGUAGGAGAGCCAAAGCCCCAUAUUACCUGGUUCUUCAACGACGAAAAACUAGUACUCCAUGAACGUAUGUCGAUUAAAAAGAACGGAACAAUAAUAAUAAAAAAUGUUCAAAUGGAUGAUGUGGGCAAUUAUACAUGUGCAGCUGAAAACAUAAAUGAAAAGAUUACGACAUCAGCUAGUUUGCAAAUAUUUGUUGCACCCGCUUUUGUUACUGUUCCGAAAGAUGUAACGGCCUCCGAUGGUGAUAAAGUAGAAUUCAUUUGUAAAGCACGCGGUAAACCUACACCUACGAUUUCAUGGUUCAAAGAUGACUUUGAAUUAACCCUUAGCGAAUACAUUGUCUUGGGGCAGAAUAAUGAAAGUUUAACAUUAUUGGAAGUGUCAGAAAAAGACGAAGGGACGUAUAACUGUCAGGCUGAAAAUUUAGAAGGAGUCAUCACCAUUUCCGCAACACUUCGGAUUGCAGAAUUCAAAGUAAUUCCACCGCAUAUUAUUAUGAAACCAGAGGAUACAGAUGCUUUUAAAGGAACGUCUGUUCAAAUGCCAUGUGAAGUUGAAAGUGAACCGUCUGCUGUAGUAGAAUGGAGCAAAGAUGGCUCUCGUAUUGGAGACAAUGACAGAAUUUCGAUAACUUUGAUCGGAAGUUUAAUAAUCAACAACUUAACAGUGACCGAUACAGGUCGCUAUGAAUGUACAGUUUUCAAUAUUUAUGGCCGAGACACAGCGUCUGUAUAUUUGACAGUGAAAAACCACGAAUUACCGGGUGACGAAUAUGUGAAUAUUGCUAUAGUACAAGCAACCAGAGAUGUGGAUCAAGCAAUAGCUCGGACUGUUGAUAGUUUAUUUAAUAACAAAAGUAGUAAAGUUGGUUUACACGAUCUUUAUAGAAUCACAAGAUUUCCUAAUGCUCCAGAAAGAGAAGUUGCUCGUGCAGCUGAAAUAUAUGAAAGAACACUUGAUAAGGUAAGAGGAUUUAUCCAAAGUGGUCUUUCAGUAUCAUCUACUGAGCCUUUCAAUUACGAGAGUAUGUUAUCUAGACAACAUUUAGAUAUAAUUGCGAGGCUUUCUGGUUGUGUGGCCCAUAGGGAUAAAAGAGACUGUUCCGAUAUGUGCUUCCAUGGAAAAUAUCGCAGCAUAGAUGGUAGUUGUAAUAAUUUUGAACAUCCAACAUGGGGAGCUUCGUUAACUGGUUUUAGAAGAAUUCUUUUUGCCGUAUAUGAAAACGGAUUUAGCCAACCUAUUGGUUGGAAUAAGGAUAAAGAAUAUAAUGGAUUUACUCUUCCGCCAGCUCGAUUAAUAUCUACAGAAAUAAUUAGUACUACUGAAAUAUCACAAGAUGAAGUUCUGACUCAUAUGGUUAUGCAGUGGGGUCAAUGGCUGGAUCACGAUUUGGAUCAUGCACUUCCGUCUGUAAGUUCACAAACAUGGGAUGGCGUCGAUUGUAAAAAGACUUGUGACUACGCUGCUCCAUGUUUUCCAAUUGAUGUGCCGCCGAAUGAUCCUCGAGUAACAAAUCGUCGCUGUAUCGAUUUUAUAAGAACAAGCGCAGUUUGUGGAUCCGGUAUUACGUCAGUUUUAUUUGGUAAACUACAGCCUAGAGAGCAAAUUAAUCAACUAACGUCAUUUAUAGACGCAUCACAAGUGUAUGGCUUUGAACAAACUGUUGCUGAAGAUUUACGUGAUUUAACUAAUGAUAAUGGUUUAUUGCGUGUUGGUGCAACGUUUCCAGGGAAAAAGCCUCUCUUACCGACAACUGGCGUAAAUGCUAUGGAUUGCAGACGAAAUCUUGAUGAAAGCACACGUAGCUGCUUUGUAGCUGGCGACAUUAGAGCUAACGAGCAAAUAGGUUUAGCAGCAAUGCAUACGAUUUGGAUGAGAGAACAUAACCGUAUCGCAACACAACUAAAAUUCUUGAACCCACAAUGGGAAGGCAACAAAGUUUACCAGGAAGCUAGAAAAAUAGUUGGAGCCGAAAUUCAAUUCAUUACCUAUGAGAAUUGGUUGCCGCUCAUUCUUGGACAGGACGGUUUUAAGCAACUGGGAACAUACAAUGGAUACAAAUCCAACAUAAAUCCAUCCAUUUCUAAUGUUUUCGCUACCGCUGCUUUAAGGUUUGGGCACUCUAUGAUUAAUCCUGUUCUACAUCGUUAUGAUGAAAAUUUUGAAACGAUUUCACAAGGCCACUUAUUAUUGCGCGAUGCAUUCUUUUCACCGUGGCGACUCGUAGAUGAAGGUGGUGUAGAUCCUCUUAUUAGAGGAAUGUUUACGACUCCUGCAAAAUUGAAAACGCCGACUCAAAAUCUUAAUUCUGAACUUACCGAAAAGCUUUUUUACAGUGCUCAUGCAGUUGCUCUAGAUUUGGCUGCUAUUAAUAUUCAACGAGGACGUGAUCACGGUAUACCACCUUACACAAAAUUUAGACAAUUCUGUAAUAUGACUGAGGUAGAAACUUUCAAUGAUUUAGCAAACGAAAUCCCAGACAAAACAAUUCGUGAUAAAUUAGAACGUUUGUAUGGAUCUGUUCAUAAUAUCGAUGUAUGGGUAGGUGGAAUACUAGAAACUCAGGUUGACGGCGGUAAGGUAGGACCCCUUUUUAAAUGUAUUUUAUUGGAACAGUUCACUCGUCUAAGGGAGGGGGAUAGAUUUUGGUACGAAAAUCCUACCAUAUUCAAACAAGAACAGCUGAACGAAAUCAAGAAAACUAGUUUAGCUCGUAUAUUAUGUGAUAAUGGCGAUAAUAUUGAUACCAUUGGCGAAAAUGUGUUCUUGCUUCCUGAUGCUCAAGAUGGUCUUAUUUCUUGUGAGGAUUUGCCGACCAUGGAUUUUAGAUAUUGGGUGGAAUGUGAAAGUUGCUCUGAUGGUGGUGAGCAAUUGAGUCGACGUCGUAGAAAUGCUGACGUGGAGACAAUCGAACUUCGUGUCACAGACUCGAAUGAUGUAAGAUUUGGUAAAUUAGAGACCUCGCAAAAGAGUAUUGCUGAUACUCUGGAAUCGCUGAAAAAGCGCAUCGAGUUGCUGGAGAGUAAUUGUAACAGGAAUUAGAACCAGCAAUACCAAAUUUAUAGUUAUGUAACUCCUCUUGAUGUGUUUAUGAAAAUCGUGGCUAAGUAUUUACUAUAAAUAUAUUGUACUAUUAACGUUAAACCUGAUUACUAUCACCAAUACUUAUAAGAAUAGUUUGCAUAUUUAUUGCAAUCUAAAUGGUACUUACAAUUCACUUAAAUAAAAAAGUAAGUAGGUAAAUGUUGUUAGUAAUAAGAAAAUUAAACAAGCCCUCUACACUUCUACCUUUUUCUAAGUCCUUACAUAUAAUAUUAUCAUGUCUUCUACAUCAGGGUAAUUUAUUACAUUACAUAAGGUAUUUAUUUGACAUAUCUAUGAGAAUAAUCUAGUCUUAAAUAGAUUUUAGAGUUACGUAAAAGCGCUAUCCCAGGAUCUGUGUUGUCGCGGGCGAGUCCACCCCGCGCAGUGUUGCCAAACGUAUGUGAACUCUAACGUUCGAGCUUUAGCAGUAUCUAUACAUGAUACGUGGUGCUGAAACAAUGGUAUGAAUAAGGGUGGAUUUAAUGAUGGCAUAAUGAAUCUGAACUUACCGAGACGAUUGUUUGUGGACUGGACAUUUAUUUAUUUUCUGAUAAUAUUUUUGGUUUGUGUGCAUGAAACAAACUGUCAACAUUGUUCAAAUUUCAUAUCAAAGUGUACGAGAUACCUAUUUACCUUCUAUCAUGUAUAGAUACUGUUAAAUCUCGAACGUUAGAGUUCUCAUAUGUUUGGCAACACGGGGCCUCGUCCGCGUCAACAAAGGUCGUGGGAUAGCGCCUUAAUGUCUAUUAUUUAUGAAUGUUGUAACUUACCUACUUAAACAAUAAAUGUCUGUCAAUUAUUCUACGAAUAUUUCAUCGGUCUACAAUAUUGAGAAAAAUAAGUGUAUCAGUGUUGACGCUGUUUAAAGUAGUAUCAUUAAAAACCCUUCCUAUAUUAUUUAAGGUAGUUUAUAAAGUAUGAUUAGAUAAUCAGCAGACCUAUGGAUACGAUAUUUUUAAUAAUUAUACCCUCCAAUUUCAUAAUAUUAAUUUUGUAAACUAUUGGUGCUUGUUUGGGGUACAACAUAUAAUUAUCAACCUUGAAACAAAAAGCGGUAGAUACCUAUUUAUAAUGGACCACUUAAGUGUUCGAAAAUUCCAAUGUAUUACUGAGAGCAAAUGUAAUAAAACAGAUUAUUUUACUUGUAAUCAAUGGCCUACAUAAUAUAUCAAUUUUAUUUCUCAUUCAACUCAAGUAUUGACGCAGUUCUUUGCAAUUUUGUUCUCAUCAUCUACUCAAUACAUUCUGCCGUGAGUGUCAAAAUACAUCUUCUCGUUUAAGGUAGUCUCCUGGAUUUGUGUCAAGUUUGAGCAACAGCAGCCGUAGAUUUAUAUAACUAACAUUCCUAAUUUGGUCAUUGAUAUUAGCGUCACUGUUAAAUAUUAUAACCGUGAUAGCGUUAACGUAGAGUAGAUAGGUAGGACUUAUAUCUCACUUUGACUGAAUGAGCUUAUUUCUCAGACACAAGUACUUUACCUAAUUUCAGGAUAAUUUAAUGUCAAAAAAUGCAUUUAUUGAUGGUUGAUUUCUAUGUCUAUGUAUGUGUUUUAAUGUUGUGCGAUCAAUAAAUU